AUGUCUGCCCCAAUCCCCGAGAGCACUCUAUACCUGGGCCAAGCCCGCAACAGUCCCAGCGUUGCUGAAUGCAUGUCCAUCUACGACAAAUGGGCUGCCACAUACAAUGACGAGGUCGGAGAUGAGGCACAGAAUUAUGUUGCCCCAGUCCUUGUUGCCCAGGCUGCUAUCAAGUUCAAGUCACCCAAAAGCCCAGCUGACAGUGUUAUACUGGAUGCCGGUUGCGGAACGGGUCUGGUCGGCCAAGCACUCGCAAUCUCCGGUGCAAAGGCGAUCGACGGCAUUGACCUCUCUCAACCCAUGUUGGAUGUGGCAAGAGAGACCGGCGUAUACCGACAACUAGCGCAAGCAGAUUUGACAACACAGAUCAAUACAAAGGACGAAACCUAUGAUACUGUCGUCUGUGUGGGCACUUUUACCUUAGGCCACGUCGGCCCCAACCCUGCCUUGAGAGAGUUUGUCCGGGUUCUCAAGAAUAAUGGUAUCAUUGUUGCUACAAUUCUUGAAGAGAUUUGGGUGCCAGGCGGUUUCAAGGCCGAGGUUGAGAAAUUACAAGCAGAAGGGCUCGUGAAAGUAGCGGCCAUGGAACUUAUUGACUACGUAAAGGGGCAUGGCGACAAAGCAAUGCUGGUCAUUCUAGAGAAGAUCCCUCGCGCCUGA